AUGUUCUCUAUGGUUGCCGUUCAUGCGCAUUUUAAUCUGUAACAUUUGAGAGUCAAACAAUUCAAGGAUUACAAUGUUUAGAUUGUGAUUUCGGAUUAUAUCUUUUAAAGAUUGUGGACCACAUUGUACUAGAUGCACACUGGGAAAGGGUUGCACCGAUUGUUCUAUGGAUAACCUUAUUAAUUGACCUUUCCCUACAAUACUGUUCAGCAGCCUUCAACUCAAUUUUAAACUUGUCAAUCAUGCUCAAGUAUUUCAGGGACUAAUGGUAGAUGCGAUAGUUGCAGUAAAUAUACUGACGGCUUCUGUGAAUCUUGCUAUCAAUAUGUAAAUAAUUUGAAUUCGACCUCUGAAACUGCUGCAGGAGGUUGCACUCUUUGCACUAAUAGUACAUUCUAAAAUUGCCUUCAAUGUAAUUCAACCAACAAAGCGUAAUGUCUGACUUGUAAUAAUGGGUAUUUCCUCAAUAGUACAAAAUUAUGCCAAUAAUGCUCAUACCCUAAUUGUGGAAGAUGCAACACAACAUAAUGCCAGGAGUGCUCAAAAGAAUAUUUUUAUCACCCUACAGCUAAAAAUUGCACACUUUGCACUACCAAAAAUAAAUCUCCCCAAUUAUAUGAAUUACAAGAUUAUAGAUGUACAUAAUGCAAUGGUACUUGGGGAAAUUCAUCAUCAUAUUGCUAAAAAUGUGAUCUAGGAUAUUAAAAUUCAACUUUUAAUGCAACAAUGUCAAAUACUACUUGCCAACUUCGGUGUGGGAUAAAGCAGUAUCCUGAUUUUAUGUUCACAAGUAUUAAUGGAAAUGAUAACAUUAUGAACACAACUAUUUGUAAAGAAUGCCCAAGCUAAUGCUAUAAGUGUACUGGAAAUGAUCCGCUUACACAGUGCACGGAGUGCUAUCCAAAUUAAUAUCUUAGCAUAACAAACUCAGCUAAAUAAUCUGGGGUUUGUGUUACAAAAAUAACUUCUGCAAAUACAGUAUCGUUCAAUAUUUAUGUUUCUAAUUUGGAUGCAGAUAUUUCUAGAUCUGCAUCUUUGAGAAAUGGAGACUAAACCACUCCUUUAAUUGAUAUAUAAGAUGCCUUCACAAGAGCCUAAGAGCUAGCUGCUCAGUAUACUGACACAGUUAAAAUAAACAUUUAUCUGACUAGUGGAAUUCAUUAUCUGCUAAGGAAUAGAGGAAAUUCUGCUGAUAUUUAUCAACCAACUUAAUACUACGAUCCUAACAAUUUAAACUUUGAGCUCUAUAUAAAUCCAGUCGGGUGCGCUUCUGAAAGUACAUGUACAGCCAACUAGGUAACUUUAAUAAAUAAAAGGAGAGAAGGAUUUUUGUUUGAUGUUCCGGUUAAACUUCAUAUUCGACAUGUAAUUGUAGAUUCUUUGGAUUCUAUUCUACCAUCAUUAACUACUUGUCUUGGUUAAAGAAGAUAAUGUUGCUAAAUAAGCGGGAAUACAAUUAGCAAUACCUUAACAACAGAUACAAGUUUUUCAUGUUCGCAAGCCUUCAAUAACCUUUAACUUGAUUUAUAAUGCAAUAUAAACAUGCCUAGAACUAUGUUCAGAAUGAGAUUGAAUAAUAGAAAUCACGUUAGUUCACCUAAUCAACUAAAACUAGAAAAUGUCGAAGUUAAUAACAUAUUCUAUGAUAUGAACUCAGUUGUAAAUUUUACAGAAUAUGGCGGUAAUGUCUAAAUUUUAAACACUAAGUUCCAAAGAAUUAGUAUAUGUGGAUCUGUUUUCAAGAACUACUACACAAACUUACCAUUAGCAGAUUUAACUUAACUGACUACAGCAUCAACUCUAAGUCAAGUUUAAAUUAAUUUCAUAGCGAAGAUGAGAAGGAUUUAGCAAUCUUAUGUUGACAAUUACUAUGAUACAAUUAUGAGAGGGCCAACAACCAACCCAUUUAUCGGUUGUCCAAAUGAUAACUGUUUUUCAUUGGAAAUAAAGGGAUCUACUUUUGCCUAGAUACCCUUCAAUAUGAUGUCACAAUCUUCUCUAAAUUUAGUUAAUAACGUGAAUGGUGUUAGACAUUAAGGUAGUGUAAUAAACCUGAUAAACUUCAAGGGAGAUGUGCUAAUCUAGGAUUCUAUUUUCCGAGAAAACAAAUUUAAUUUUGAUGGAUGUGAUAACAUUCUCAAUUCACUCAUUGACAAUCCUGCUAAAAUCAGCUCUAUUAAUAAUUUCAAUCAAUUAUACAACCCAGAUAGUGCUCAUAAUCUUUAUCAACUAAAGUCCAUUGUCAGUAUUUUAAACCACGAACAAAAGCUCUACUUUUAUAACAACCAAUUUUUAAACAAUAUAGGAUUAAAAGGAAUCGUGAAUAUUGAUCUCACCAAGACUAAUAACUACCCACUUUUUUUCUAUAAGAAUAAUUUCUCUGAAAAUGCGGGUAUAUUUGACUCUAGUGUCCUCAACCUUAGAGUUAGAAACGAUAUUAAUCUAUUAGGCACAACUUAUACUUCAAAGAGUAAUUUUGGCUGUGGAGGAGUAGAGUUAAAUAGCAAUACAUUUGUCAGUAAUUAUGGUUGUUAUCAGACAAAUGGUGCGAUAUAUCUAUAUUGCUACAAUAGUCUAUAAAACUCUGACAGUAAUAUAGUAAAAUAUGUCCCAAGCUAUGAUUCUCAAUACUUGAUUGGUAAUAGUGGCUCCUCAAAUCUGAUUUCAGAAGACAAGUCCUUAUUAUCAUAUGAUUCAAUAACUCAUACAUACACUCCAUAUUCUUAUAAUUCUGCAACUACACCCACUUCAAUAAAUUUCAACACAAAUCUUUAAUGGACAGUAUUAAGCUAGAAUAACUUCACAAGCAAUUAUGCUGGAGUUAAUAAGUAAAUUGUUGAUAUUCAAGGUUUCCCAAUAGUAAUAAUGAAAAAUGACAUUUUUAGUAAUAAUCAAAACUACUUCAAUAACUCAUUCAACUCACUUUCCUCUCUAUAUUAGCUAUAGACAGACAAGACUAAACCUACUACAUUUACUACUAUAACACAAUCCAAUCUCAGAGAUUAUCAACUUAAAUCCAGGUCAAUUUUGACUUUAACUAGAUCUCUUUACUUGCUUAUGAGUAAUGUAUCUUUUGAUAAUAACUAUAUAUCUGAUUCAAAUACAAAUGACGCUCUUGUACCUAGAUCAAAUGCCUUGCUUUUGGUUGAUUUUUAUGGCUUUAUAGUGAUUAAUGAUUCAUCUAGAUUUUUAAAUCAUGUAGGAAUUAGGGGAAUCCCCUUUUUUUCUAAGCUUUUGGCCACUGAUGUAUAAUUAGGAUUUAAAACGUCUUUGAUCAAUUAUUAAAGAUGCUAAUUCUCAAGUUUUAUAAUACAAAAUGUUUAAUUUUAGCAUAAUUAGGGAUUUUAUGACAAUUCUUUAGCCACAGUGCCUUUGCCCUACAUAUUUUAAUUAAGGACUGAAAAUUUCAUAACUAAUUAUUAAUUCGUUUUUGAUUAGAUUUUUGUAAACAAUAAUACCUUCUACAACGGAUAUGGAUUGAUUUAUCUGGACAUAUAAAACCUGAAUAUAAAGAAUUCUAUAUUUUCAUUAAAUGGGAAAGCUAACGAUAAUACUAAUAAUGGUAUGCUUGUGGUUAAAUUAAAUGACACUUAUGAAAUAAACUUAGAAAAUAAUACUUUUGAUACUAUUUUCACUAAUAAUAUGAGUGCUAUAUACUUUGAGUAGUAAAUCUUACAAACUAAAUCAGGCAACCUAGGCUUGGCAAUUACCAUUUCUAAUAACAUCUUCAAUAAUAUUAGGACAAGUUCUACUGGAAAUGCUGUCCUUGCAAUAGAAGGUAAUUAAGGUUCCUGGACAUCAUAUUAUUCUCUCUAGCUGAAUAUUUUAAACUCAACUUUUAAAAACAUUCAAAGUUAAUUGGACUAAGGACUUUUCCAAUUAAGAGCUCAAACCAUUAAAACUUCUUAAUUUAUUUAGAAAAUAUUCAUUAACAAUUCAACUUUUAGCACAAUUAGUUAAGGAAGUGUAUUCAAAAUUAGUGAGCAAAAUAUAGCAGCUACUUAAAGCUUUGCUAGAUCUUUGCUGAUUUAAAGUAGCAUAUUUUCAGAUGUAGCUAAUGGGAAUGUAAUAGACAUAAAGCAAUAGGUAGGAACAUCAUCAACUUUGGAAAACAAUUUAUAAAUAGAAAACUCAAAUUUCACCAAAAUUUAAAACGGCAUUGGAAUAAUAAGAUAACCUCAAAUAUACACUUCUACCUCCAAUAUUGUCAACAAUGUUACAAUCUUUAGGACUAACUUUACAAAUUUCGCAACUAGUUUAAGUUUGAGCUUUGAAGAUGGUAGUAUAUUUAAGUCAGGUUCAAAAUAUACAUAAAACUUGACUGUAUUAGAGUCAAAUUUUUAGACAAUCAACGGCUAAGGAAUAAGAAUAGGAGCAUAGACAGUUGACUCAAUAAGUGACAUUGAUCUUACUGUUGACUUAAGGGAAUCAGCUUUUUAAGACAUCAAUAAUCGUGCCGUUGAAUUUGGUACAUCUCAAAUAACAUCAAAUGGCAAUUUCAAGAGCUAUACGCUAAUGGAACGAAUCAAUCUAAUAAAUGUUCAAAGAUCUCCAAUUUUAAUAGGAAUCAGAAAUAUAUCUGUCACUGGCACCUACAAUCAAGUACUUCUCAUCCAAGACAAUGUGUUCAAAGACAUAAACAAUCUAUAUGGAGCUAUAUCAAUACUUCAAACGAAUAUCACUUCAGGGGGUAAUCAGUUGAAUAAUAUGACGAUUAAAAACUGUCAAUUUUUAAAUUUCGUUAAUGGCAAUGGCAUUUAUUUGGACACUAUAAAUUACAACAAUUUGUUUACAACUCACACUGAUAUACUUGUUCUAAUGAAUAGCACUUUUUACAACUUCACAAAUGGAUCUGCUAUUUAUCUUACUAAUUUAACAGUCUAUUCGAAAGGAAACUACUUUAAAUCCUUUCAAUUGUAUAACAGCUCAUUUGAACUCUUUCUUAAUAGACCUUCAAUUUUUAUAGGUCCAUAGUUGCUCAAUUCACAAUCACAGUUUUACCGUGAAGUUAUUUCAAAGGAUCUGAAGCUAAAAGACGUUUACAGCGACGCCUUUUACUUUGGAUAUAGAUAGAUAAUAGCUGUAGGAAUUUAUGAGACACUUCUUUAAUACCAAAACUGCACAUUCUAAAACAUUGGAGGGAAUGCAGUUUAAGUUGGAGAUCAAUCUAUAAAUGUAUAAUCAUCAGCAAAAGUUGAUCAAAUUUACUCAGAUUCAAUAUUUACAAAUAUCACUGGAAAUGCUUUUGAUAUGGGCUCAAAUCAGAUAUAUGGAAGGUCGUCAUAUUAGCAUUAGAUACUUACUACAAAUUUAACUUUCGCUCUUGUGAAGCAAAAUGCUUUUUACUUUAAGGAAGGGUCAACAUUAGUAGAGGGAGUCAUGUCAAAAUAUUUGCAUCUGAACAAAUCCUCUUACACUGAUAUUACAUUAUCUGCAGUUAAUAUCUCAUCAAUAACUGCCACAACUAAUGCUAUGAUCUUCUAAAUAAUAGCAGAUCUAUGUAAAUUUAACAGAAUUGGGUUACAUGGUAUUUCUCAUGGAGCAAGAAACAUGCUUUCCACUAAUGACAUAUACUCACAUUUGACUUUCACAAAUAGUACAGUAGCUAAUAUUGGCUAAGACUUCAUUAAUAUUGGUAAAUUGACAGCUAUCAAUCAAGCAAAUAUAGAUUUACUUUUAUUGGUUGAAAAUAACGAUUUAGAUUUUAUCACAGGAAAUGGAUUCAAUAUUCAUGGCUAUGAUUUAACUACUACCAAAAAUAUAUCUAUAAUCAUCUAAGUUAUCAACACAAGUCUAACUUCAGUAGGGGUGUCAGGACUUUAAAUUGGUUAAAUAGAUAUAAGACAGUCUUCAUUUUUAAACAGGACCUUACUUCUGAAGGAUAAUGAAUUUAUUUUAGUUACUGAUUCAGGAGUUAUUUUUCAAGCGGUGAAUACUUUACAAGCUUAAAAUAUGAUAUAGUAAAGUGGCUUUAUAAACAACACAUUUAAAUCGAUUAAUAAAAAUGCUUUGAUAUUUUAUGAAGAUAUUGCUGUUGUAUCAGGCUUUUGUAUUGAUUCAUUUGCAUUAUCAGGAAAUACCUUUAACUAAAUUUUGAGCUAAGCUCUAAAAUUUAAUCCCAAAAGCUUGACUUGUUCUGAUUACAUUCGUUAAAAUUAUACCCUCUUAUCAAAUUAGCUCACCGCAAUAUCUUCUCACGGAUUACAAUUACCCUAUCAAAUUAUCACAACUUACACUACAUUUGAGUAGUCAACAAAUGCUAGCAAUAAUACAUUUACGAAUGUAGGAGGUGAUGCACUUCAAAUUAAUUCUCUAGAUUCCUCAUCUCAAAAUAGCGUCAAUAAAACAUCCAAUAUAUCCUUUAAUACAUUCACUUCUGUCAGUGGAAAUGCUGUAUUUUUUGGUUAUAAGUAUCUCACAAAUUCGAAAGGAUUUGUUAAUUUCACAAAAUUCGUUCAAACUAACAAUUUCAAUGGAAUAUCUAAAAACGCUAUAUCAUGGGGCGACACAAAAUUGACUGGAGGUUCUUCUUGGAUUAACUUCACUAGAAGUUUACUAGAUAAUAAUGGGUAGAAUAUUCAGAAUAAUGGUAUAACUUUUGGAUCUAAGUCAAUUCAAACAACCAAUGAAGUAUUAGAUUAACUUUUGAUAGACAAGAGUAAAUUUCAAACAGUUUCUAACUCCUCUAUUAUAAUAGGAGAUACUACUAUUGUUUCCUCAAAAGCAACUAGAAUUGCAUAGUUUAAAAACUUAGACUUUAAUACGAUAUCAAAUGGAGUUGGAAUAUAUAUGGGAAAAACUUAUAUACAAACUCUGGUUGGUUCCUUAAGUUAUGACUUUCAGCUAUAUAAUGUUAAGAUUCAAAAUGUUUUAAGUUCAACCAAUGGGUAUGGUGUAAAUGCUGACACUGUAACACUAUUAAGUCCUAGUAUACUUUCAUAUUAAAAAUUAAUGUCAAAUCUUGAUUUUAGUUAGAUUGCUUUGAGUGGCCUGCUAUUUAAUGAUCUCAAAAUCAACAGUACAGGGUAUUUAUUUCAUUAUCAAGAGCUGUUGUCCAGCAAAUUUACAAACAUCAUAUCAGGAUCUGCUAUGCACCUAAAUAACCAAACUCUAAAUGGCGUAGCAAAUGUCAAUAAAACAAUCCUUUUGUCUGGAUUGCAAUGCAAAAAUAUAGGAGUUUCAGGUUUAUUUAGUAGGAAUAUAUCUGUAUACUCAGGACAAACAUUGACAAGAAUCUCUUAAAUUUUAAACAGCUAUUUCGAUUCAACUGGGGACUCAGGGAUAAUUUUAACAAGCUCUGAUGAUAUAAACGUUAAACAAAACUACAUCGAUGAGCUGAGUAUUGACAAUAAUAACUUCAAUAAUAAUUUAGGUAGAGGCAUAUACAUUGGAAACACUAAUGUUUAUUCAGGUUUAAACAGUAUUUUUACAACUAAGAUUAAAAAUUCCGCAUUUAAUAAUGAUUAAUUUUCAGCUUUUAGUGCUCAAAUUUUUACAAUCAAAGCUGAUGGUAACAUUGUAGAGGAUUAUUAAUUCAGCAAUCUAACAGUACAAAAUAUGAUUGAAAGCAGAGGAAUAUUUUUUAAUUAUAGAGAUAUUUGGUCAACGAAUGGAAUGGUGCAAAGCAAUUUCUUGUUUAAUGAGUUAACUUUUGAAACGAUAUCUAAAAGCUAAGGAAUAGAUUUUUUCAAUCAAACUAUCGAAGCUAAAGGCCCUAUCACUUAGUUAUUUACAAUGACUUAUUGCAAAUUUAACAAAAUUCUCAUAGGCUCAGGAUUUAGACAUACAAAUAAUACAUUUAUUACAGAUGGAUCAAUAAAACUAUCACUAGAUUUAUCACAUAGUUCAUUUUCAAACAUAAACUCCGAGAACGGUGGUUCAUCUAUCUAUAUAAAUCAAGAGUAAUCAAAUGCUUAGUAGACCUAUGAAUUUGAUUUAACUAUGAAUAAUAUGACCUUCAGCUAUAUCUAAAAGGGUGGGGUUCUUAAAUUUAGAGAUUACAUGAACUAUGCGAAAACCGGCUACAUUUUCAAUGUUUAAUUGAAGAAUACAAAGAUCCAAAAUAUCUCUAGUGGAGUUGCACUUUAGAUAAUCAAAGAUCUAAUAUAAUCUGAUAGUGCUUACACCAACAAGCUAAUCAUUAAAGAUGACUCUAUUUUCAAAAACAUCUCUACUCUGAAUGGAGAGUCUGCAAUAUUGCUUUAAGAAAGUUUUAUCCAAGCUAAAGAUAUUUAUUAAUCAACUAUCACAUUGAGCGAUACUCUCAUUUCUGAAAUACCUCAAGGUCCAUCUAUAUACUUUACCUUGAAUCACAUAGAAUCUAGUAAUGACAUUGUUUAGCAUAUGAUUUCAACCAGUAAUCUGACUUUUAAAAAUUUAAGAGCUAUUGGUAAUUCUUCUAUCCAAAUAAAUCAAUUCAACAUUUAUGCUAAGAAGAAUUUCUACAACUACUUUAAAUUCGAAAAUUCAUUAGUCUAGAAUGUUACUAAAGGGUCUACUAUUAAGAUUUUGAAUUAGAAUAUAACAUCGGCUACACUAAGUUAAUUUAUGCAAACAUAUUUCCUUAAUUGUACCUUCGAUUAAUUGUAAACCCAGGAUUUGGCUGCUAUUAUACUAAUUGACGAGGGUUUGACUAAUACUGUGAGUGAUUAAAACUUACUGAAUUUUGAACUAACUAAUUUUACCUAAAAUUCAGGUGCAUUAGUCACUUCUUCUGUUUAUGUAACAAGCAAUAAUUUCUAAAAAACGACUUUUACUAAGUGCAAAUUUGAUUUCAAUUAUGGACUAGUAACAAAUGAAAUCUUCUUUGGCAUUAUUUAAAGCUUAGAUAUCAUUCAAUGCGAAUGGAAAACUAAUUAAAACAACUAGAAUUUGGCUUAAUUUUUGUACAAGUAUAUUUACGAUUUUCUUUUGACUAUUGAGGAUUCCACAUUUAAUUGUGGCAUUCAAUAAUCAGAUAGCAUUGUAUUACAAUUUGAUGAGUCAGGGAUUGUUAAUACUGCUUCCUUAUUUAGGUUUUCUGUAGAAUAAAAUAAUCCAUUAGGCGAUCAGUCUAAUCAACUUAAGCAAAAUUUGUACACUUAAUGCAAUUCAGUAUACAAGGGUUCUAUAUUCAGACUUUCAAAUGGAUCCUAAGUUUAUGAUGAGGGUUCUUAGUUUACUUAGAACUCAGCCCUGUUUGGUGGAGUUGCCUACCUUGAAAACGCUAAUACAUUUUUGCAAGUUUCAAAACCGAAAGUUGUUAUGAAAAAUAUUGCAUUUUAUGGUGGAUUCAUUUAUCUUUUACAGCAGGCAAAUGCUACCUUCUAAGAAGCCUAAUUUAGUCAAAAUAGAGCAGUUGAGGGAGCUAUAGUUUAUAUGAUUGAUAGAUGCUAUUUAAAGAUGGAUGUAUCAUUUUCAAUUAAGACGUCUACAGUUUACAAAAGGGGAGUAAUAGUAGCACUAGCAGGAUCAUGGUUCGAGCUUAGUUCGGGUGUGGUUGAACUAAAUACUGCAUAUUAUGAGUCUGCUUUUAUUUUUAUGAGCGAUGCUAAUGAUCUUUAUGUAUUUAAUAAUGGUCUAGUUAAGUAUGAGAGGUUUACAAGUUUGAUCUAUUAGUGUAGAAUACAAAAGAAUGAAGUCCUCUAUGGAGGUAAAUUGAUAUCAGUAAUAAAUGGAGAUCUUAGUAUCUAAGAAUGUAAUAUCAAUAAAAACUAUAUCUAUUAAGACACUUAAGGUAUCUUUGCAGCUUAAGCCAACAUCUGGAUAAACAAUACAAUCUUCCAAGAAGAUUACAAACCUUCUUGGUACACUUAGCUUUUAAAUAAAGCCAUUGGUGACAUGAAUGGAGCAUAUUUAAGUAUUGGAAGAAAUUCAUCGAUCUAUGUAAAUACAACAACAUUUAUUGGAGGAAGAGCAGUUUAUGGUGGAUGUAUAAGUGUUUAGGGAACAUCAAAAACUCUAAUCUAGAAUUGCUCAUUCAAAUCUUGUUCAGCCCUUCUUGGAGGUGGGAUUUAUGCAGUCAAUUUCGACUCAUUAACAGUUGAAUCUUCAACAUUUUCUUAAAAUGUCGCAUUUAGGGGAUACUCUCAAAAUAUUUACACAUAAAAUUCUAAACUUAAUGUAACGCUGAGGAACAAUUCCUUUUCUAGCUAUCACAAUUCAGUUUUCCUUAGAGAUGGAGUACUUUUUUAUGUUGCUGGCAAUUAGUUUAAGUCUGAAAGUAAUAGAGUAGCAGAGAUUCCUCUUAUUGAAUAUGGAGGAGGUCUUCACAUCAUUAAUACAUUGCAAAUCUAAAUUAUUGAGGAAAAUGUCUUCUAAGGUUUGACAGGUUACAAUGGAGGUGCCAUUUAUAUUUCUAUUGAUAUAAACUAUAAAAAUCUUUACUCUGAUGUAGCAUAUUUAAUAGAUGGAGCUCUAAUAGAUGGAUGCACAGCUAUGAUUGACGGUGGAGGAAUUUAUAUUAGAAAUAUUAAAAAGAUGAAAAUUUAAAGCACAAAAAUUACUAACUGCAAAGCACCUAAAGGUAAUGGAGGAGGAGUAUAAUUUAUUUGCUAUGAAUCCUGGAAUGAUAAAUGCGAAUUAAGCAUUUGGGAAAGUGAAAUAUCAUAUAAUUCAGCCUUGAUUGGAGGGGGGAUCAGAUGGAAUUGGGUAAGUCCAAAGGAAGAUCAGUAAACUUCUGUCAUUAAUAAUAAAGGAACAUUGUAUGGCUAAGAUUAUGCAUCAUUUGGUAGGGAACUUGUGCUUUUAGCUGAUGAUGAUGAAUAUUUAAAGUACUUCAACAAAGCAUCUCUCGAUAAAAAAGUAGUUACGAAGACACUUACAAAGUAUGUCUAUAGUAAUGUAUAAAGUGGAGGUUAUAUACCUACUGCUUAUUUAGCACUAGUUGAUGAUUAAGGCUAAGUCGUUUCAACUAAUUCAGGAAGUAUGAUUUAAUUUGAUGUGACUAAACAAACUGUUGGUUAAUUUGAGACAUAAGUGUCUGGAGUAAACAAAUUCUUUUCUACUUAUGGAGUGUUCAAUGUAAGUGGAUUAUUGAUAGUAGCUGCUCCAAAUUCUAAUCAAAGCUUGAUUUUAUCCUCCUUAGAUGCAGUUGAUCUUUAAAGACCAAGCAAUUAAGACUAUUUAAAGCCAGCCUAUGGAAUAAAAACUGGUAACCUUACAAAAUAUUAAAUAGAAGUUGGAAUUAUUAUCAGAGGAUGCAUCAACGGUGAAGGUCUUAGAGAUAAUGGUGCUUGUUACUAAUGUCCAAAGGGUACAUAUCUAUUAAAGCCUCCCGUAAUACCAACUGAGUGCAAGGUUUGUCCAGGGGAAAAAGCUGUCUGCAAUGGAGGUUCAAACAUUGGACCAAAGCCAGGAUAUUGGAGAAAAGACAAUGAAACUGAUAAUUUCAUUGCCUGUUUUGAACCUACUUCUUGUCUUGGAAUGCUACCACCUUUAAAUAACCCUGUUGGUGAUUGUCUUGAGGGAUACUAUGGCGCACUUUGUACAUCUUGUAUGCCAGGAUAUUCAAGAUCUGGUGAUUAUGCUUGCAGUAAAUGCCCUCCUGCCACAAUAAAUUUAUUGAGAAUUUCAGGAAUAAUGGUUGCUGUCGUAGCUGUAGUAACAUUUAUGGUGAGAGGAACCUUGAACUCAGCUGCAAAGAAAAAUACUCAUUCUGUGUAUAUGAAGAUCUUCAUGAAUCAUUUGUAAUUACUCUCAAUUUGUGCUGCAUUUAAGUUUUAGUGGCCUGAAUAAGUGAGUUCUUUUUUUUCAAGUGGGAGUGUAGUUUCAUCAAGCUAAGAAUCUCUUGUUUCUUUUGAUUGCUAAAUGGAUGAUAGAAAUCCAGCAGGUAUUAAUCGAUACUAUUUUAGAACUGGAGAAAAAGAGAUGAGAAUUGUUUACUAAAAAACUUUUAUUAUGGCUGGUCUUCCUGUAUUAUUAGCUAUAAUUGUUGCAUCGGUGUGGAUUAUCAUUCUAAAGAGAAAAAAUCAAAUGGAUCAAUUGGAGACUAAGUUUGUAGCAUCUUUAGUUAUCAUAUUCUUCCUAGUCCAUCCAACAAUUACAUCAAUGAUGAUAGAUAUAUUCAAUUGCUAGUCAUUUGAUUAAGAAUUAAGAUUGAUGAAGGAUCUUCAAGUUAUCUGCAAUACAGGCUUACAUUCAAUAAUGGCAUAUGGUGUUGCUCUUCCCUGUAUUGGUCUUUGGGGUAUUGGAAUUCCUGCCUCUGUCUGGUUUUUAAUGAAUAAAGAUAAAGAAAAGUUGGAUACUUUGGCAGUUAAGUAGAAGUUUGGAUUUCUAUACAAUGGAUACAAAAGAACGAAUUUCUUCUGGGAGAUAGUCAUUAUGUAUAGAAAAAUUGGAAUGAUUGCUAUAGCAGUUUUUAUGAAUAGAAUAGGUAUCAUGGUGCAAGCCUUAGUAAUCUUGAUUCUUUUGGUUGGAUUUUUAUAGCUUAAUAAUAUGAGAAGACCGUUUGCUACAAGAGCUUUAAAUGAUAUUGAAGACCUUUCUCUAAUGACAGGAAUCAUCACAAUAUAUUGUGCCAUUUUCUUCAUCUCUAGUAAAGAUAAAAAUUCAGAGUCGUUUAAUCCAAAUUCAGACUUUAAUCUUGACAAUACAGGAAAACUCAUACUUUUUGGAAUUAUUGUAUUUGGAAAUUUUGCUUUCAUUCUGACUUGGUUUUUUAAAUUCAUAGCAGUUGUCAGGCUUCUUGUCAAGGAGAGAUAUCAGAAAAUAUAUGUUAUUGUAUUCCUAUGCUGCAGGUAAGAUAAAUUAGAAAAAGAAAAUGAGCAGUUAGCAAAAGUGGUCAAGAGAGAAACUAUUAUUGAAAAAAUAGAGGAGGUUUAAUUUUUCCUUAAGAACAUGAAAAAAAUGUAUACCAGAUAGAUUUUCUAUGAAGGGCAUUAAUAAUUCUUAAAAAUGCUCUAUUUUAUAGAGGCACAGAAGGCUACAAUCGAUAUGACUGAGAAAAAGCAUAACUUCUAUAUCCAAGGAAAAAUGGCUAGAGAUAGAAAGUUUGACCCAGAAAGAAUGGCAGAAAUUUUAGAUGAGAGAGUUUUGUCGAUAGAUGAAGAAUUCGGGGGUGGAAGAGGAAUCGACUAGUUGAAAGAUGGGAUCUAGAAGUUGACUUAGAAAAGAAGAAAAGAUUACUAAAAAUAAUCCUCAGUCUUUACUCAUCUUAAAAGCAACAUUGGAAAAAGUAAAAAGAGCUAAGAAGAUCAAUUCUCACCUAAAUCUACGCAUUCAUAGUUGAAUACAGCUGACCUUGCAGCUACUAAUUUAUCAAAAUCUUAAAUCAUAAGAGAACCCAGAGGGUAAAGCGUUAUUAAGUAUUAUCAAGAUGAAUUGGAUGAUACUAAACUUUAAUUUGAUCAGUCUUUAAAUAACAUGGAUGAUUCUCAAAAUCUAGAUGAUACACAGAGAGGGCUAUUAAGUGUGACAAAUAAUAAACUAAGGUUCAUGAAAAGGAAAGGAUAUAUCUUAAAUGCAUCGUCAAGUUCAUAAAUGAAUGCAAUGGGUCUGAUUUCAGGAUCAGGUGAAAUCUCAGAAGGGUAGAGACCGAUUCAGUAGUCUUCAUCAACUUAAUUAGAAUAAUUAAUGGCAUCCGAAGAAUAGAAAAAGAAGAAAAGGAUGCCAGCAAUGGAAGAUAGACUUGAGCGAUCAAGAAAUGCUAAGGCAAGGUUAGAAAAACAGAAGAAGCAUUAAGUGUUUGUAGAUGAUGUAGAUGACUCAAGACCCAGAUCAGAGCAUGAUUACAUUCACAAUGAGCAUCAUAUAGAUCAUGAUAAUUUUAGAGAAGCAAUGAAUAUAAUGACAGAUAUGGAUUUCUCAAAAUUAGAUAAUCUUUACUUCAUGAAAGGAAAGUAGGGUCAGUUUGAUCAAGAAUUCCUCUAUGAGGACGAUUCAGCAAGAUAGAAGAGAUUAAUGAGAGGAUUAACUAGAAGGUUAAAUGAUAUGUCAGCUAAAUAAGGGACUAAAAAGGCUCAUAGAAAAUCUCCCAGCAAAUAAUAUCAUUCCAGCAAUAUUGCUGCAAACUAGAAUUUGCCUCAAUUAAAGCGUAGAAAGUCUACUGGAGAAAGUAGUGGCACUUCAAAAGCUAAACAUGAUCUAAAAAUUGAUUUCUUACCGCCAAAAGAUCAAGUUUACAACUCUGGUAAGAUUACCUCACAACUCCCAAAUGCUAUAAAGGAUGAAGUCAAAGGUUCUUUCCUCAAAUCUUCAAAAUAGGAAAAUUUACUAGAUGUCGAGUCAAUCUUAAAAAUGACAAGACUAGGAAAGGAAUGGAGAAAAUCACUUAACUUAAAAUAGAAGUUGAGAUAGCCAGAUGCAACCACUAGAGAAAUUAUUUUUGAUAAUUUUACAAUUGAAGUGAGAGAUUAUGUGCAUGAGCACCCAGAAUCGAGAAUGCUUAUGCAAGACUUUGAAACUUAAUUUAAGAAAAAAUUAGAUGGAAUGAUGGGUAUAGGCAACUCUAAUAAAGACUAUAAUGAUGCAUUUAAUGAUGAUUAGGGAUCUGAUGAAGAAAAUGAUAAAUAAUCUCCCUAAAGAAAAGCAGAUGCAGUAAGGAAAAUGAUAUAUAGCAGACCUAGUGAUGAACUUGAUGUCUCACUAGAUAUGGAGUGA